UGUUCCAGAGGCAUAGAGGGUGGCUGGCGGAGGCUCACCGGCGCCAACCACAACACAAUCGAACGUCUCACGCUCCAUCCUGAUGUCCUGCUGCCCUUGGGCCUCACGAAGUCGACGACAGUAGAAGAGAAGCAAAUCGGCGAGCGCGAACAACCCCGACCGUGGGCCGCCUCAGGCGCCAACGUUACCCCACCACUCGCCAUUGUCUUGCAGAACAAUGUCGCAUCGGCAGACUCGUUGCUGGAUCCGGUAUCUUGUCCGACCGCACGGGAGGAUUCCGAGUUCUCGUCUCCGAGGGUCUUUAGCCCUUUUGGGUAAAUCCAGCUGCAUAUCGCCCCCUGAGGCGGCCAGGGUACCAGCCGAGCCCAUUGGACGCCAUCAUUGGUUCGGCGCUACGCGCAUGCCGCUAGCCUGUUACCGAGCUCCCGGGCCCUGUCCGAGCCCGACCACGGCCCCAGAAGCCCUGCCGUUCGAAAUUGCGCGAGCGUGGGUCCAGAAACGUGGUGGCGAUGAGGAGAAUGGCUCUGCCGUUGGAUCGACAGGAGCAAUAAGCAAUACCCAGCGGAGUGAGCGUUGCAACGGGCUCUCUCGGAGACCCGGACUGUGGAUGCCAAUGCCACACACUUGGCCCUUAUUGUGGGAACCCCCGAUUGCUUCUGGGAUGGCAAAAUGCAAUGGCCUUUUUCUUGCUGGAGACGAAACGGGCAAAGCAACUUUGUUUGAACCAGAGCAACCGGCGGGGAUUUCUCAUCCCGCUCAGGAUGUGAUCAACGGUCUGCGGCGGCCGAGAAACCCACGAAGAGUUGGGAUGUUCAUAACAUCCAUUGGAUGAAACUUAAGGGCUCAUCAGUUGCCCUCACGCUCGUUUUUUAUAUUUCUUUCCCGUCCUCCCUU